AUGGCGUCCCCAACGACUCCGCCGGGCCGUCGCGCGGUCAUGCGUCUUGACGAUGCGGAGAGUCCAGCAAAGCUAAAUCUUCGACGUGUUUUUGAACAGAAUCGCACGGGUCCACCGAAACAGGAUGGAAGCAAGCUCGUUGGAAGCCUACAAGGGCCGCCUCCUACGACCAAGGGCCGACCUCGUCUAUUACUGAUGGGACAAAGCAGGAGCGGAAAGUCGUCCAUAUCAAGUGUUGUAUUCCAGAAACUGCCGCCCAAUGAAACGCUUUAUCUCGAAUCAACUGCUAGGAUUCAGAAAGAUCAGAUGGCAUCCUUUAUGGACUUCCAAGUCUGGGACUUUCCUGGCCAGAUAGACUUCUUUGAAAACCCGAACCUCGAUAUAGAUGCCAUCUUCAGCGAGGUUGGCGCCCUCAUCUGGGUCAUUGACGCGCAAGAUGACUAUCUCGAGGCGGUCGCUCGGUUAAACGCCACCAUCCUCUACCUCCAGCGCAGCUACUCCAACCUUAACAUUGAGGUAUUCAUCCAUAAGGUCGAUGGUCUUUCAGAUGACUACAAGCUCGAUAUUCAGCGAGACAUCACCAUCCGUAUCCAGGAUGAGCUCUCAGAUCAUGGCAUUGAGAACGCUCCAGUAACAUUUCACCUCACAUCCAUCUACAACCAUUCCAUCUUUGAAGCUUUCAGCAAAGUUAUCCAGAAGCUCAUUCCCCGCCUCGGAAUCCUCGAAGGUAUCCUAACCAAUCUUUGUCGUACCUGUCGUUUCGAAAAAGCCUAUCUCUUUGAUGUCUUCAGCAAGAUUUAUAUUGCCACCGACUCAACGCCGGCGGAUAUGGCUUCCUACGAGAUCUGCUCCGAUUACAUCGAUGUCAUAAUUGACAUCACAGAGGUCUACGGUUCAUGGGACAGAAAUACGGAGCAGAAACAAAAGCCCAUCAUGCUGCGAGAAGUCGACCGGUACCUUGCUCUCGUGGCUAUCAUGAGAGAAGACUCGUACGAUAAGAUGCCCUUGGUCAAUAUGAAUGUUGAGGCGGUGGUACAAGGCCUAAAAGAGUUUUUGAGAUUACGAAACCGAGGAAAUGAGAGAUGGCGGGGAAGGAAGAAGAAGACGAGAAGUAUCCCUAGUGGCCGCUAUAACGUGUAG